AUGUCGGUCAAGAAGAGCAUCGCCGUCAUCGCCAUGAGCGUGCGCCGCCCGCGCGUCGGUCUGCAAGUCGCGACCAACGUGCACGCCGUCGUGUCCAAGGCCGCGGGCGACGAGUUCGCCGUCAAGCUGGUGGACCUGGCCGACUUCAAGCUGCCCGUCUACGACGAGGAGCUCACCCCCGCCAUGGUCAAGGAUCCCCAGGCGCAGUACCAGUACGAGCACACCAAGCGCUGGUCUGGCGAGAUUGCCUCCCAUGACGCCUAUGUGCUCGUGCUGCCCGAAUACAACUAUAGCAUAUCGGGCGGUGCCAAGAACGCCAUCGACUAUCUCUACAACGAAUGGAUCGGUAAGCCGAUCGCCGUCGUCACCUAUGGAAUCUUUGGUGGUCAACACGUAUCAGCUGCGGCCAAGCAGAUUCUCGAAGGCAUGAAGCUACGUCUGGCCGCCACGCGACCUGCCUUGGGUUUUGUUGGGAACGUCGCCGGUAAGGAUUUCAUGCUCGCUGCGCAGGGUCAGCUCGGCGAGGAGACCAAGAACUUUAUUCUGGAGGGAGAUGGGUUCAAGGAGAUAAUCAAGAGCUUCGAAGAGGUCAAGGCUUUGUUGGGGACUCCAGUAGAAGCUAAGUAAGCCA